AUGGAUAAGAAGAUAGUGCGCAAAGGGCCGCUGCCUGGGGGUCGCCGGGGCGCGUCUGGAGCUGGCGCUGGACGCGGCAGCAUGCGGGUCGCCAGCCGAGCGCGAGGAGCUGCACGGUCACCUAGCAGCCCUCCGCAUCCAUCAUCCCCACCAGAAGGCUUGGUGUCGGCUGGGUCUUCUCGGGCUCAGCAAGCGGCACCCGCCGCUGGUGGAGCACGUCGCAUGCGUUGGUCACAAGCAAUGAAUGCAAACGCAUUGCGGGCGUACUUUAGGGCAAAAGGGGAAGAAACUGGAUGUUUGGCGUAUCGGGCUAGGAUGCAUCGUCUUUUUGCUGAGCUGGAGCCAUCUUUAGCCGUCACAGAGCAAAACCUGGCAGACCGAGUUCGGUAUAUCUUGCGCUCAAAUAUAUUUGAUGUCGCCGAACUCGAACGGCUACGACGUGAGGCUGUUCCCUCGUCGGAUGAGAAUGCUACGGCUGAGGAUGCGGCGCCACAAAUGGUAGAGCAACCCGCAAACGUGGAUGCCGCCGUGAAUACCCCAGUUGUGGUUGAUUCAAACGAUGAUGGAACAGUCGCCCAGGAACUGGAAUUAGAGCAUAUGAGGAGUACAUUGGAAGAGGCGAUUGUGGAAACGCGCAGUACGCCUCUCGAAAAUCGACCGCGACUUCCCCCGCAUAGCCCUAAGCAAGCGGAAUCGGGCUGUCGUGAGGGCUCUGAACCCAAUGCUGGCGCCAAGGUUUCCACGGCUGGACGCGCUACUGGCCAUAGUAGCGCUAUCCCAGCAUGGAGAAGAAGAAUUGAGGAACGUAUCGCAAAGGCUAGAGCUCUCAUCGGCAGACUGAUAUGCUUCAGAUCAGGCAACAGCAGGCCAAGAAUUGUGCGCACCGUCAGGAUGGCGUUUGCUGGGACAAAUGUCAGUUUGUCCCAGCCGGAUAUAACGCAAAAACUGACGGAGCGCAUAGAUGAUCUGAAGCAGAGAAUCGCUGCUUGGGGAAAGCGGAUUCGGCGAUAUACCGAGAGGUCGACACGGUUCAACCAGAAUCGUCUCUUCCAGAGUGAUCAGAAGAGGCUCUAUGAAUCAUUGGAGCGACCAAUGGUAAGUGGAACGGGUCCAGCACCGAAUCAGGCCGACACUGUAGCAUUCUGGCGCGGCCUGUGGUCAGAGCCCGUAAACCACAGCGAGGGCCCUUGGACGGAAGUUGUGGCGAGUCAGUGUGCGGGUAUUACGCCCAUGGACCCCGUCAUCAUAACGCCGGAUGACGUAGCUGAGGCGGUCCGUAGGGCCCCGAACUGGAAAAGUCCGGGGCUUGACGGGCUGCAUCACUACUGGCUGAAGGGGUUCAUGGUGUGUCACUCUGUGCUCGCCCGACAGUUUCAAAAGGCUCUCAACCAGAAGUCGCUCCCAAGCCUCUUCACUACUGGGAUCACUCAUUUGGUUCCUAAAGACCAGGGUACCACAGACCCGAGCAAAUACCGCCCCAUCACUGAAUACUUUGUUUUGUGCUCGUAUUUAACCCUAAUGACGCCCACUAGACCCGUGGUCACCGACGGCCAUUUCGAAGAGAAUUGUGUUUCUCCGACAUCAGAAGUGGGAUCGGUGCGGGCACAAAACGCAGAUAGAAGGAUCGAGGCGAACGACGGCUUACGCGCUUUAUUUGAGGCGCAGCAAAAUAACAUGUGA